AUGGGAAAGUGCCUCUCGAAACCUCAAUAUAAUGGAAAAGUUUAUGAAUCUUUCUCUAAACUGUACAGUCCCAAAAGAAAACCUAAGUUCAUCAGUAGGAAGCUUUUCCCAAAUAUUGAGUCCAGAAGUAGCCACGGUCAAGGGGAUAAUGCCCUUAAUAAUGGAAAUAUAUUUUCUUCCUUGUCAGGACAAGACGCUUCCGCAAAGAGCAAUUUCCUUUCAUCACACUUAACUGAUGAAACCACUACAUCGUGUGUAAUAAAUGAACCUUCAACGAGAUCAAACAUUGUAGAAAAAAACAGUUCAUCCGGAAAAUCCAGUUCAUCUCGUUAUUUUCCCGUGGGUAAGAUAAAAUUGUCGCUUGACUCUUGUAAAUCAACGUCAAAACUGCCGACUUCACUGAGCUCAAGUCCGGACUCGUUUAGCUCAACAGAUGCUACAAAUUGUGAAAUUAACGUUCCUCCACAGACAUAUAGUGGGGCUAUUUUGGAAUCAACAGAACAGAACGAAACCGAUAAUGGGUUUAGAAAGAUGGUUAAUGCCGGAGGAGAUACCGAGGUAACUGAAAGCAAACUGUGCACAACUGAUGAGUCAUGGAAAUUAGAGCCAGACAAUCGGCGCCCGGAAGUCUUGCUUAGCAAUACCUUAAUCAAGUCGCCACGUGUGAUAGUAGAGAAACCACCAACUCCGCCAACUCGAGGUGGCGAUCUUCGGCGUAGCAAUAGUUUGCUUUUGCGCAACUUCCGACAACUUCAGCCAGUCUCGCAGACUACCAACUCGGCAUCAUUCACUCCGUUGCUGUCGAAAGGGACAUCAUCCCCAAUGCCUGUCCGUAGCACCAUGACUCCCGGACAGUCCUAUAUCCCUGUUUCUCGGAUGUCCCCUAAUCCCUCGCCUCGGAUGAGCCGCACCAUGCGAACAAACACGCCAGUCUCC